AAAAGGGCAAUACAAACUUGAGCAUUACCCUUUUGCCAAGGGAGCGGCCGUAUUACAUCAACGGCACUUAGAAUAAACGUAAUGGCUCGCUAUCCAAAAGCGCGAGUCGGAAUUACCUUGCUGCUUUUCUCUCUUGCUUCGAUAUGGACAGAAGCUCAGGCAACGCCAUUCCGGAACUACAAGUAUUGCGGCCUGUCAGAGCCAGUUCCAAAAAUUAUCAACGGGAGCUUCGUGUCAAGGCCUCAAGUCCCAUGGCUGGUUCACAUCAAGCUGAUAUGUAGGAACGGAAAAGUAAUAAAUUGUGGCGGAAGCCUCAUUACUCGGGACGUAGUACUGACUGCGGCGAACUGCCUAAAAGACGGGAACUCAUUAUACCGCAAGGUAUUGGCAUACUAUAACAGCACCGCGCCAUUCAGCGGUCGUUCUCUUGAGGUUACUCAUGCGAAAAUUCAUGAAAAGUAUCGACAUCCUUCUAACGGAUACGACAUUGCUUUGCUAAAGCUUUCCAAACCCGUACCAAAAUUUGAUAGGUGCGUGAGGCCUGUAUGCCUCCCGAAACCUAGACAGAAAACCAGGCCAGGAAGGAUGCUUCUUGCUGGAUUCGGCGUCGCCAUUUUUCAUGGCAAGAAGGCUGAUCGAGUCCUCUAUUACCUGACAAGGGCGUUAUCAGACGAUGAGUGUCGUGCGGCACUGACUAAGCAAUGGAGCCAUUGCGUUGAUGUGAAGAAGGAGCUGCUCAUGUGCUCCAAACAUCACACUCAAAGGAUGUAUAAGGAAGAUACCGGCAGCCCGGUUACGGCGUACACUCGUAAAGGGAGAAAGACCAAAUCAUUUCAGUAUGGGAUUGUGUCCUUCUUCGACAAGACCAACCGUGGACCAGCGCCCACUAUACAAACCAGAGUUUCGAUGUACAUCAACUGGAUCAGCUAUUCCCUCAAUACGAUGGGAAGAUGGGACCGUAUUGUUGAAUCCAGCUCGUAUGACUGAUGUCAUGGAUUCCAAUAUGGGGCACAUACUUGUGAGAAACACAUAAUAAGAAAUAUUAAAAUCACAUUUGCCAUUGUC